AUGUCAGUGAAAAAAGAGCAGGAACGUAAGCUUGAGAUUCCUGCUAUUGAGCAUCUGCGUGAUCAUUCACUUGUUUCCGAAUACAAUAUUGUUCUGAGAAACAAAUUUGACUGUUUGGAACCUGAGGUUGACCUGGAAUCAAUGUGGGACAACUUCAAGACAACUGUCCAACAAGUUUCCAUGGAAAUCCGUGGGCAAAGACCUCGAAAAAAGAAGGACAGGCACCAAUCUCAGAAGACAAAAGAAUUAUUGAAGAACCGUAAGGAAUUUAAGCGUAAAGACCCUAAUUCGAACGCUAACAGGUCAGAGUAUUCUAGAUUGAAUAAGCUCUUUAAAAAAAGUAGCAAGGUGGACGAUAACAACUGGGCACGUAGAAUGGCCAAUGACUUGGAAGAAGCUGCGAGAAAAGGUCAGCAACGUGAGGUAUGGCAGAAGAUCAAUGUCAUAUCUGGAAAGAAGAAGAAGCAGUCAACUGCAGUUAGAGACGUAUCUGGCCAGUUGAUUGCCGACCCACAUGCCCAGAAAGAAAGGUGGAAAGAGCAUUUCUCUAGGCUAUUGAACCCUCCCCCGCAAGAGGCCAAUAUUUCUGACCUAGACAACAUCCCUCCGCAACCCAGUUUUGACGACCUUUCCGAUUCGGAUGAAGCUCCUACAAGAAACGAGAUUGUUGAUGCCCUCAAAAAACUCAAGAAUCACAAAAGUCCAGGAGUGGAUGGUAUCACCAACGAGCAACUUAAGUAUGGACAGGAUGGGUUGGUCGAUCAACUAGUUGUGUUGUUCAAGAAAGUGUGGGAAGAUGAGAAGAUUCCUGAGGAUUGGUCCAAAGGUGUUAUCAUCAUCGUUGGAAAGAAAGGUGACACCUCUCAUUGCGCUAACAACAGAGAACGGGAAUUCGUUAUUGAACUGGAGCGCAGAAAAGACAGCAACUUCGCUGCACGGGUGGUCAGCCGUUCUGAUGACCCGAUAGAGGAUCUAUGA